AUGGUGUGCCUCAAUUACUUCUCCGCUUAUUGGGCCGCAUCUUCUCUCGGGGAAUGGAGUAUCGCUUUAGCCUGCGGUGGUUGCCUAGUCGUAGCUGAAAUUCCGACAAGGGCCUCACGACCACAAGCUCUAGCGAGUGUUUUGAAGAGGCGGAAAGUUACAGUGUUUGGAGCAGUACCGUCAUUACUGGAAGCGCUAGAACAUGAAAAUGUUUUC